CGGAUCAAUACGCCAUCCAGUACCGCGCCCGGGCCCGAGCGAGCGGCACGACACGGAACAUGGGACUUGGAUAAGACGGAGGAUGGACGUGUCGCGGCCAUCAUGCGCCGCCUUCUUCUGCCUGCUACUCCUAUGCUUCACGCAAUUUGCAGAAUGCGUGAACGCGAAGAUAAACUUCAGGGAGAAGGAGAAGCAGAUCCUGGACCAGAUCCUCGGGCCGGGGCGGUACGACGCGCGUAUCCGGCCGUCCGGCAUCAACGGGACUGGCGAAGCUCCCACGUUAGUGCGAGUCAACCUGUAUCUCCGAUCCAUCAGCAAAAUAGAUGAUUAUAAAAUGGAAUACUCCGUUCAGCUGACGUUCAGAGAACAAUGGUUAGACGAACGGUUGAAAUUCAACAACUUGGGUGGCCGGCUCAAAUACCUAACCCUCACUGAGGCCAACCGCGUGUGGAUGCCGGACCUGUUCUUCUCCAACGAGAAAGAGGGCCACUUCCACAACAUCAUCAUGCCGAACGUCUACAUCCGGAUCUUCCCCAACGGGAACGUGCUGUACAGCAUCCGAAUCUCACUGACGCUGUCGUGCCCCAUGAAUCUGAAGCUGUACCCGCUGGACAAACAGACGUGCUCGCUCAGGAUGGCCAGUUAUGGCUGGACGACAGAUGACCUGGUGUUCCUAUGGAAGGAAGGUGACCCAGUACAAGUCGUCAAAAACCUACACCUACCGCGCUUCACGCUCGAGAAAUUCCUUACUGAUUACUGCAACAGCAAGACUAAUACUGGUGAAUACAGUUGCCUGAAGGUAGACUUGCUGUUCAAGCGCGAGUUCAGUUACUACCUGAUCCAGAUCUAUAUCCCCUGCUGUAUGCUGGUCAUCGUGUCGUGGGUGUCCUUCUGGCUAGAUCAGGGUGCGGUCCCUGCCAGGGUGUCGCUAGGAGUAACAACGCUCCUGACGAUGGCGACCCAGUCGUCAGGCAUCAACGCCUCCCUGCCUCCCGUCUCCUACACGAAGGCCAUCGACGUGUGGACGGGCGUCUGUCUCACCUUCGUCUUCGGAGCGUUGCUAGAAUUCGCUCUAGUGAACUAUGCGUCCCGCUCCGAUAUGCACAGGGAGAACAUGAAGAAAACGCGUAGGGAGAUGGAGGCAGCCACAGCGAACCUGGACGCUGCCUCAGACCUGCUGGACACAGACAGCAACGCCACAUUCGCGAUGAAACCGCUGCGCGGCGGCGAACCGAAGAUGCGGCAAUGCGAGGUCCACAUGAACCCCGCGCGCAAGAACUGCUGUCGUCUGUGGAUGUCCAAGUUCCCCACCCGCUCCAAGAGGAUAGACGUCAUUUCAAGGAUCACCUUCCCGCUGGUCUUCGCCCUCUUCAACCUGGCCUACUGGUCAACCUACUUAUUCCGCGACGAGGACGACGAGAACUGAUUCGCGCGCGACGCCGCCGCGGCCCCGCAGCACGCGCGGCUCGCCGCCGCCGUGCUCGCGCCCUACGCGCUCUUCGCGCUCGCCUACGCGCUCUUCCUCCGCCAACGGCCUCUCUCCGAAACCUUCUGUCCCUGCUACCGCCCUGGUACUUGUACGGAUUGGCGGAGCAAGCGGGGCUCCUCUCCGGGCUCCAGUAUCAUGCUCACUGUUAGGAUGGAGAACGACGAGCGUGGGCGUAGGCCUUAAGGCUAUUAGACUCGUGAAAGCUGUUGUUUAUGACUUGCUGAAGCUUCUGCCUGUUACCGCCCUGGCUCCGGGCUAUUAGACUCGGGAAAGGCUGGAGUUGGUGGCUUUCUGGGAAUUAGGAGUUCUUACAAGACCAAGUCAAGGUUUUUAUAAUCUACGCAGCCAACUGGUACCUUCUGCCCUGAUUAUUUUACCUUGUAGUAAAGUGCUUAUAGUCUUAUGAGCGAGGGAAAAAGGGGUAAAAACAGACUUUUGGGCUAAUGCCAAUAGGUUUAACUACUAUAAUGUCAGUCCUGCAUCUACUAUUCAAUACUUUGUAGCAAAAG